AUGGCACAGCGCGGACCUUCGGGACAUGGCGAGAUGGACCGACGCCGGCGCGCCAGCUCCAAUUACUUCGAGCUGGAUGCCGAUCGGCGCCGCAACAAGUCAGAGCGCUCAGAGCGCUUCAGUAAGCGCAUGAACACGAUGGAUGUGACGCCCGCGAGCUUCAAGGGCGCCACACAGGAUGACGAGGCGGCCGUAGACUACUGUUGCGAGUUCCUCAAGACUAAGUUCGGGUUCCAAGAGGGAUCCGUGAGCAACCAGCGCGAGCACGUGCUGCUACUGUUGGCGAAUGGCAAGGCGCGUUGUCUGCCGAGCGACCCGGCGGACCAUCACCUUGUCCAAUUGGCCAAUAAGCUUUUCAGCAACUACCGAUCGUGGUGCAAAUUUAUCCACACGAGUCCGGUGACGUAUUCUGGCAGUGGCAUUCCGCACUCGACACCGUCUGGCAAUUUGCAUAUGGACGUGAUGCUUUAUUUCCUUAUUUGGGGUGAAGCGGCAAAUGUGCGACACAUUCCAGAGUGCGUCUGUUAUUUGCAUCAUCAGAUGCUGACCCUGGUCAACGCCGACCCACAGGGGCACGAGCAACAACCCGAAGGCUGGUACCUCGAUCAGGUGAUCCGCCCCAUUUGGCGCGAGGCCAGCAACAUGAAGCGUCGCAACGCUUUGGGGAAACCCUUGGAGCACGUGAAAAUCCGCAACUACGACGACAUAAACGAGUAUUUCUGGAAGCAACAUUGUCUCAGCAUCCCCGUGGCGCACGUGGGGAAGGAGCUGACGCAAAACCACGGCAAGACGUUUUACGAACACCGCAGUUUCCUCACGCUGAUACUGAACUACUACCGUAUUUUUCAGUUCAACAUGAUGUUUCUGGUGCUCUUGACGGUUUUGGCAUUUGCCGUCACCAUCUCCCCAGAUGGCGGCAAAAGUGGGUGGGCUCAGUUCGGGCACAUUGGCGACGUCGUGGAGCCAUAUACCACUCGCGACUUGAAAAUUGCCGCUGUUGCCAUCCCUUUCAGUCUCAGUCUGAUGGCCUUUCUCAAGUGCGUCAUGGAAGUUUGCCACGGUUGGCAUUUGCUGAUUUCCAAGGAGAGCUCGGCCACCAGCUCGCGCUCUUUCACAUACGGGACGGCGUUGGCCACUCGUAUCCUUUGGAACGGAGGCUUUGCCAUCUUGUUUGGCAUCACGAUCUACGUGCCUCUGAAUGAGAACAAAGACACGACGUUGCUGGAUAAUUUGUACCCAUUGUGUGGCGCGUACAUUCUCCCCGGGUUGCUGGUGUUGCUGACGCAAGCCUUUGCACCGCAAGUUAUUAAUGGCACAUUUGCCGCAAAGUUUGUGCGUGAGGGGGAAAGUUGCUAUGUGGGUCAAGACAUGACGCCGCCCUUCUCGUUCCGAGUCAAGUACAUUGUGUUCUGGCUGCUGCUGUGGGUCGUGGAGGCCAUCACGUCGUACUUUAUCCUGGUGCGUCCGUUGAUCCUACCGACGUUGAGUAUCUACGACAUGACUCUGGACUACCAGAACUCGCUGGUGUCUUUCCACAAUAUUGGCAUAAUCAUCGCCCUGUGGCUUCCUGUGGUGUUUAUUUUCAACUACGCCACGCAGAUUUACUUCACUGUCUUCCAAGCUUUACUCGGUGGCUUCCAGGGCAUCCUCAUGAAGACGGGGGAGAUCCGUGGAGCGAAGGAGAUGACCAAGGCGUUUCGUGUGGCUCCGCAGUUGUUCGACCAGAAGGUGGUCACGCUUCUUGCGCACUCUAGUGAUGCCACAGCUAGCGGUACCGACUCGACACGUGCCAGUGCGCUCGCUGCAGCUUACGAAUCGCAGAUGAUGCUGCGCUUUGUGGUCGUGUGGAAUGAGAUCGUCAAUUCCUUCCGUGAAGGCGAUCUAUUGGACGAUAAAGAGGCAGCCAUUCUGCAGUAUGAUAUCCGUAGCACUGGCGAAGUGUUUGAGCCUGUAUUCCUGUCUGCUGGCAAACUGACAGAGGCGAUGGGGCUGGCUAUCAAGACGGCAAAAGACGGCAAAGGAGAGUCGCAACUGCGUGUCACGCUAGUGGAGAAUGACUGUCUGUCAGCCAUCCGGUCGUUCUUUACAGCCAGCAUGUACGUGAUCACUGCGUUGUUCGGCAACGACGACGCCGACGUGGUGGACGGCUUCCGUAUGAUGGAGGAGAUCGCGUCCAGUGGAGGGUUCCUCAAGUCGUUCAACGUCCGUGAGCUGGCUAGUCUUCGUGUGGCGGCAGUGGAUCUUCUGGAGGAGAUUCUGGACUUGCCCGACCCGGACGCGCAGUCGCAACACAUUCCCGAUGCACGCGUGCACUCGAUGGGUGUGAUUCGCAACUUUGUAGCCAAGAUGGAGGCGUUUCUCAACGGCGUGCAGUCGUUUUGCGUGGAUCCGGCGCUGCAACGCAAAUUCAGCAACUCGAAGUUCUGUUCCAGUGCCAAUGGCUACAUGUUUGCAUCUCGCGGACUCGUCAACUUGUUCUGUAGUGACACGGCCAUGGGGGCAGCCACACGCGCGUGUCUGCUGCUGUCGCUGGACCGCUCCGAGGCCAUGCCGCGCACCACCGAGGCGCAGCGUCGUCUGGGAUUCUUCAUGAAGUCGUUGGUCAUGGACAUCCCGCAACUGCGCUCUAUCAAGGAGAUGCGCAGCUUCUCGGUCGUCACGCCGUUCUACGCCGAGACGGUGUUGUUCUCGCUCAAAGACUUGAACGAUCCGCUGGUGAACCACCCGAUCUUCCAGCAGGUCGAGGAGGACGGCAAGAACCUGACGAUCCUCAAGUAUCUGACUAAAAUUCAUCAAGAAGAAUGGGAUAAUUUCCUGGAGCGUGUGGACGUGAGCUCGGCCGAGGAAGCGCAGAAGAACCACCCGGAAGAGAUCCGUUUGUGGGCCUCGUAUCGCGGCCAGACGUUGGCGCGUACCGUGCAAGGUAUGAUGAUGUACGAGGACGCGAUCAAGAUCUUGCAUUGGCUGGAGAUCGGCUCGAGUCCAGGCAAGUCGGCGGAGCAGAAGCAGAGCCAGUUGCAAGACAUGGUGCGGCUCAAGUUCUCGUACAUCUGUGCGUGUCAAGUAUACGGUAAGCACCGCGCAGAGGGCAAAACGCAAGCGGCAGACAUCGACUACUUGCUGCGGGAAUACCCGAACUUGCGUGUGGCGUAUGUGGACACGGUGGAGCACCAAGACGGCGAGAAAUCGUUCGACACGGUGCUGAUCAAGAGCGAAGCCGACGAGAUCGUCGAAGUGUACCGCUACUCGCUCCCUGGAGACCCUAUCUUGGGAGAAGGCAAGCCGGAGAAUCAGAACAACGCCAUCCCAUUCACACGUGGAGAGUUUGUGCAGACGAUCGAUAUGAACCAGCAACAUUACUUUGAAGAGUGUCUGAAGAUGCCUCAGCUGCUGUGCACGGCCGACCUGCAUCCGUCCAAGAAGCCUGUGUCGAUUAUCGGCAUGCGCGAGCACAUUUUCACGGGUAAUGCCAGCUCUCUGGCCAAGUUCAAGACGUGGCAGGAGCUCGUGUUCGUGACGCUGUCGCAGCGUGUGCUGGCCGACCCGCUGUACGUGCGUAUGCACUAUGGCCACCCGGAUGUGUUCGAUAAAGUGCUGGCGAUCACACGCGGAGGCGUGUCCAAGGCGUCCAAGGGCAUCAACUUGUCGGAGGACGUGUUCGCUGGGUUCAACUGUACGCUACGAGGCGGCGUGGUCACGCACGUCGAGUUCAUGCAGUGUGGUAAAGGCCGCGACGUGGCGUUGUCCCAGAUCUCGAUGUUUGAAGGCAAAUUGGCCAAUGGAGCGGGAGAAACGUCGCUGGCGCGUGAGGCGCAUCGCAUGGGUCAGUUCAUGGACUUUUUCCGCCUGAACUCCAUGUAUUACUCGCACACGGGCUUCUACUAUGCCACGUGGAUGACGAUCGUGACGACGUUUGUGUACAUGUACUGUAAAGUGUACAUUGCGCUGUCGGGCGUGCAGACGCAGAUCGUGUACAACAUGAACACGACGCAGGUGAUCAUGGACAAUUCGGAGCUGUACGGCUUCGACGACCGCGUGUACAAGGACAUGGACUCGGUGUACAACACGCAGUACUACAUCCAAGCUGGUCUGUUCCUGUCACUGCCGCUGAUCUGCGUGUACUUUGCCGAGAUGGGGCUGCGUCGUGGUCUCGUCCAGUUCCUGGAGAUGGUGUUUACUGCGGGUCCUGCGUUCUUUAUCUUCCAACUGGGCACGACGAUGCAUUUCUUCGACAAUAAUUUGCUGCAUGGCGAAGCGCAGUACAAGGCGACUGGACGUGGCUUCAAGAUCACGCGCGAGACGUUCGUGUUGCUGUACAAGGCGUACGCGCCGAGUCACUAUCGUAAGGCUAUGGAGCUGAUCGGUUUGUGUCUCGUGUACUUGGCGUUCGGCACGUUCAACAUCUGCGACUUGGACGUCGCCGGAGAAGAGAACUCGUUCGCGUUUGAGUACUGUCAGACGUCGCAGAGCUUUGGCGUGCAGACGUUUGCGAUCUGGGUGAUUGCUGUGGUCUGGCUCGUGUCUCCGUACAUCUUCAACACGGACGGACUGGACUGGGAGAAGACGAAAGCGGACGUGACGGCGUGGGCCAAGUGGAUGUACGCGGCGGAAGAUUACCAGGACGAAGACACGGUGAUGGUGGGCGGCUGGAUCGGCUGGUGGAAAGGAGAGCUCAAACUGUACCACAACACGCGGCCGAUUGCUCGGUUCACGGUCAUUCUGCGCGAGUGUCGUCACUUCUUGCUCAUGUGGUACGUCGUGGCGCUGGAGUGGGAGAUCUUGACUGUGGGCUUGGUGUUUGGCGCCGCGGUGGUCACGGUACUCGCCAUGGGACUCUUUGGCGCGGUCGGGAACACGAUGCGCUCGGUCAACUCUUCGGUUCGUGCGAUCAUGUACACGGGCUUAGUGGCGCUAGCGACGAUCGUGUUCUUCGUCAUGACGGUCGCUAUCUUCGACUUGAGCUUUACACGAACCAUCUCGCUGUUCUUCGGAUACAUGGCAGCGCUGUAUGGUAUCAACGAGAUGGCGCGUAUGUACAGCUUCGCCAACUCGUCGAUCGCCACCGUGGGCAUGUUCCAGCAGCUGGCGUUCUUCUUCGACUUUGUGUUCUCUGUGGCCAUGAUCAUCCCGUUGCUCGUCAUGUCGGCUAUCCCGUUUUUGAACAUUAUCCAGACGCGUAUGAUGUACAACAAGGGUUUCUCGGAGGUCGUGUCGGCGUCGUCACAGUACGCGUUCUCGUUGGCUGCGUUCAUGGGCGUGCUGGGAGGUAUGGGAUGUGGUUGGUUGUUCCACUUGUUCACGACGCUAGAGAGCACAGCGGGCUUCUUGAGUUACGUGACCACGUACGAUCUCCUGGACGGGAAUGUGGGCGAUGGAUCGGUCACGUACGCCUUCUACUUUGCGUGUAUGGUGGGCGCGUUUGUGGCCGGCUUCUUGAACUACUUUAUCGGCCGUCGCUUGUCGAUUGUUCUCGGUGGAUUGUUGACGGUUCUGGGUAUGCUGGGCGUCAGUGCAGUGCAGUCGGGCGGCGAGGGCUUCUUGAUGCCUGGUAUCUGCUUGCUGGGAGGCUCGGUGGGCGUGCUUCUACCUACGUUAGCCGUGUACAUCUACGAGAUUUCGACGCGCGAUAUGCGUGGCAAAGCGCUGCUUCUACUGGGCAGUGGCUUCAUUCUUGGCAUCCUAUUCGCGGCGUGGUUCUCAUCGUCGUCCAAUGAAGUGGGCUGGGUGUGGCAAGUGUUCAUUGCGACGAUUAUCCUGUCGAUCAUGACGCCCGCCGUCUACAUUUUCCCGGAGAGUCCGUACUGGGUGUACAUGCGUGAAGGUCUGGAGUCGUGUGAGCGCUGCUUGGCGGUCUUACGACGCAAAGAGGGCGUGUCCGAGGAGCUGCGUAUGAUCCGCGACGAAGAAGCGGGUAGUGACGACGCGAGUGCGAGCGGCGGCACGUCGUUCCUUAAGUUCGUCAUGGGUUUGUUCCUCAUGCUGGUGUCCAGUAUCUUUCUCGGCUGUGUCAACAUGUACCUGUCGGACAAGCUCCGCGGCAUUGAAGACGCGACCUACAUGUUCGUCAACUGUAUGGGGCUGCAGCUCCUGGGCGCCAUGUUUUCGUUCUUCUUCAUGGAUCGGAUCGACCACAAGCGCAUCUUGUUCUGCACCUUGUUGCCGAUGGCCGGCCUGGUGUUCGUGCUGGGACUGAACGACAAGUCGGAGUUUGUGACUGGAGACAGCGAGUACUUGAUGCUUCAGAUUGUGGGUUUGUUGCUGUAUUUCUUUGCGGGUCUCGGCAUCACGUCGGUGCCCUGGGUGUCGUGCGUCGGGCUGUUCACGACCAAGCAACGCGCGAUCUACGUGACGGUCUACUUUAUGGUGUUCUUCCUGUUGCCUGUGUGUGCCACAUAUAUCCGUUCCAACGAGUCGAUGAGUGGCGACGAGUAUCUGUACUUGUUCACGUUAAGUGGCUGCUGUGUGGUGUCCAUGGCGCUGCUGUUCACGGUGGGGACACUCAAGAACGGAAUGGUGUGCACCAAGGGCGAGAUGGAGGCCGAACGGGCGCGUAUGCGUCGUAUCCGCGCGUCUCGUCGCAGUGCUCGCACUCCUGGCAGCGCGCGAUCAAGGAACUUCAGUCGCUCGCGAGCAAAGUCGCACUCGAACUACCAAAUGUUCGAGUCGCCUGCUGGUAGUGCGCCGUAG